AUGAAAAAUAAUUAGUCCUCGAAAGACCUCCAUGCAUUAACACUAAUUGAUUCAUACUGUGUGGUUCUAAACGACCGAAAGAGAAUUCGUAAGACUACAAACUUCUUGGUCAAAAGAAAUAAAUUCGAUGAAAAAACUGUUAGAAUAAGAAGAAAAAGCUGUCAUUGCUAAUUAUGUGGAGAAAUGUCUGCAAUGUAGUUUAAUAUGAUGAAUGUUCCCUUCUAAAAAAAGGAAUAAUUUGUGGAAAACCCAAAACCAUAAAUCCAAGAGAGUCUCAGCCCAUCAAAAGAGAGAAGAAGUAUCUUCUAUCAAUAUCAAUCUUUAAAAUCAACAGAGCAUCAUAAAUUAAGACUUUCCCUUCAGAUUCAUGGAAUUGACAAGAAUUUCAGUAGACAAAGCACAAUGAAAAGGUUAAUAGCUGAAAGUAAUGAAAGAUCAAGGAGAGGUAGUAUAAAUGGGAGUUACUAAGUUAAUACUUCUACAUCUGAUAAUCAAUCAGUAAAAUCUCUCAAUGUCAAUAUUGUGCAAGAUUAAAGUCCAUUAAACAUUUAAUCUUCAAAUAAUAGAGCUAUCACAAACAGAAAUAUCUUAAUACGCUCAAAAAAGAAUUUAAUGAUAAACACCUAUUUUUCUUAGUCGGCACGUUCACUCAAGACCACUCAAUUUUCAUAAUUUAAUAAAUAAAAAGUUUGUGCUUUGCCUAAACUCAUAUAAAAAAAGCAAGAAGAUUGA